AUAUAGUUGAACGUUGAAACAGAUCGAUAGUGUAAACAAAAAAACGUAGUAUUAGUUCUGUUGUAUAGACUAUAUUAUAAAUAGUAUCUUGAAAAAAAACCAAAUCUUGGAUCAUGUGACAUAUGUCAGUUUAUUUUACUGCCAAUAAGGAAUGGGUGUUCAUUUAAUUCCCAUCAGAUUUUUUGAAAAAAUCCAAUUUGAAUAAUAUUUCAGGCAGAGGUUUUUAAAAAAUGUAUUAAAUUAUAUUUCGUGGAAUCCGUUAAAUAUGGGAAUAGUACAUGCUAAAGUUGAUGAUAAUGUAACAGAAACACUUAAUUUUAAAAAUAAAAAUAUAUACAGAGAACCAUCAGACAGGGAACAAAUAAAGGAAAUCGAUUUAGAAGGCGUUAAAGCUAGAGUUGACAAAAUACAUAUAGAUGGGCUUUCGAGGACGAAAAACGAUAUCGUAGAAGAUUGCAUAAAAGAGUUAUUUAAAGCGAAAGAUUUUCAAGAUGUUUUGUUGAAAGCACAUAAAGCACGUGUAAAAUUAGAUGAACUGGGAUGUUUCAAGAAUAUAUCUGUGUUCAUUGAUACCAGUAAAGGAUCUAAGGCCACCCCAGAUGGUUUAGAAGUAACAUUCAAUGUCAAAGAACAUAAGAGAAUAACAGGCGGUGUCAGUACUCAUGUAGGAAACAAUGAAGGUGUUUUGCAGAUAGGAAUGAGAGCUCCUAAUAUUUUUGGUCGAGGAGAAAGAGUACAAGUCGAAUAUAGUCAUGGUUCAAAAAAAUCUAGUAACUUUAAUUUGGCAUUUAUCAAACCUUUUAGAGGAAAAUAUCGCCCAACGUUAACAUCAAGUAUAUUCCAGUCGAACACCGAGUGGCCUGUUUCUGGGUAUAAACAACUUGAACGUGGAUUAAUAUUUGAUUUAGGUUUCUACUCUUGGUCCUUAUUGAAGCAUAAUCUCCAAUGGGAAGCAAAUAUUCGUGAUUUAAGUGUUUUAACUCGUAAUACCUCAUUUGAUGUUCGUAAAGAAUCUGGACCAAGUUUAAAGUCAUCUUUAAGACAUAUUCUAUCACUGGAUCUUAGAGAUGAUUUAAUAUUUCCCACUAGUGGUUCUUUACUCCAACUGACUUCAGAAGUAGCUGGAUUGGGCGGAGAUGUUGGCUUUUUGAAAAAUGAUAUAUUUGUACAAGGAAACUAUUCCAUUGUGGAAGAUAUAGUUUUGCAAGGAUGCUUCUGUACAGGAUACAUGACUAGUAUCAGUAACAAUUUAAAAAUCAGUCUGUCCGAUAUGUACUUUUUGGGUGGACCUCUAUCAGUUCGAGGUUUUCAGAGCCGAGGAGUCGGUCCACAUUCAGAUGGAGAUGCUCUUGGAUCCAAAGCUUAUUGGGCAGGAGGCUUACAUAUUUUCACACCAUUACCUUUCAGACCAGGUAGAGGCGGAAUCGGAGAUUUAUUUAGGACUCACUUUUUUAUUAAUGGAGGCAACGUAGGAAAUAUAGAAGUUCUCAAAGAUGGCAAUUUGUUAGAUUUCAUUCAAAAUAAUCUGAGGGUGUCGUAUGGACUUGGAGUUGCAUUGAGGCUUGGCAAUAUGGCCCGUUUAGAAAUAAAUUAUUGCUUCCCGUAUAUAUAUGACAAAGGGGACCAAACUCAUCCUGGUGUUCAAAUUGGAAUUGGAGUACAGUUUCUGUAAUAAAAUUUCAAUGAAAAAUGUUUUUAGUUUUAAUAAGUACAUGCUGUUGCAACGAUUCAAAUCAAAUGUAUAUGUACCAUAGUAACAUAAAUGAUGUUAUUAAUUAAAAAUUGACAUUGUUAUUAGA